AUGUCGGAGAAAUCGCUGCGACGCGUGGCAGCUCCCGCAACUGGACUUCUGCUGGCAUCGGGGUCGGUGCCGCGCUCAGACACGAGCGUCUUCAAUCAAAGGAAAAAGCCCGACCACAGGGCUCAGCUGACGUGUAAGAUGACACUCGGCGAUGGACUUAUUUGCGUUGACUUUCUUCCUGGGCCUAGCAUGUUGGCAAUUGGCAGCACAAAAGCUGUGCAUCUGGUGGAGGUGACGCAGAUGACUCGCCCCAGUCCAACGGCAGCAGAUGCCCCUUCCCCGCCGUCCUCUGCCCCGGUUUUCCUGGCGAUGCGUUCAUGCGGUAUGUUUGGCAAUGUAGCAAAGGUUGAGGCUCUUGCGUGGUACCCCAACCGAGGUGAGGUCGUUCUCGCCAUUGUGCAGCUGAGUCGCAACGUCACCGUGCUCUUUGAUGUGCUGUCAAAGAAGGGAAACACCUACAUGGCGCAGCAGUGGAUUCACAACUCCAGGAACCGCACCCUGGUAUCCGCUACGGUGGCCGGGAGUGAACCUCUGAGUGCCGCCGUUGUGGGCGCCGCCUCCACUCCCCUCACGCCGUUUGGGACAGACAUGCAAGAAGUGCAACAGGCCUCGUUUGUGGAACGUGAUCCGGGGCGGCCGUGCAGUAUGGUGGAGGUUGUGAUCAACACGGGGUUCCUGCGGGUGGAACGGAUCGCGUGGGACCCGCACAAUCCAUACACCCUGGCGCUAACCUCAAACGCGACACACUUUGAGCUGUGGACCAUUCCCGUAGUGGACAAAAGGGUCUACCCGCCCCGCCUCAUCCUACGACCUCCCGCGCACGAUGGACGCUCGGUGACUCGUGGGGUUGCCUUUUCCCCGUUUGACCCUAAUCUUAUCAUUGUGGUGGUUGAGAUCGCCAAUGCCGGAAAGGUGGUCGUGUACGACCGCCGGCAAGUGGAGGUGGUGUGGAGCAUGGACACAACCGGGCCCUCCCUUUCCGCCGCCUUUCACCCAACGUUUUCCGACCUCCUCGCUGUGUCCUUUCGCAAGGCGAAAACAAAGACAAACUCAUGUGUGCAGUUUUUUCGCGUCGUGAGUGAAGUUAUUGCGACGCCGGCAAGGGCAGAAGCGAGCCACUGCGGUGAGAAGAUGGCAUCUGCCCCUGCGCCGCUAGAAUCCACCGAUGUUUUGCCUCCCAUCGAGAGCAUUGACUCCCUCAAUCGACUGCAGUGGCGCCCCUGCGGGGGUGCGUCCCAAACCACAGGGGGGGAGCUGUCCGUGGACACCACCGAGGGCAGCAUCGACGCCACCUCGUCAAAGCUGUGGUUCGCCACAACGGCGCUCAAUGGUCACGAGAUUAGUGUGUGGGACGCCGCCAACGGGUUUUCUCCCAUUUUUUCCAUCCGAACGGUCUGUCAAGGGCGCGAAUUAGGUCGCCAGGACGUUAACCAGAGGGAAUCAACCCUGCAGGAGUUGUCCUUGCAGGAGCCAACGGACUGUGUCUGGGUGAAUGCGCUAACCCUCGUCUCUGUCUUCAAGGACGGGGGGGUUGUACUCACUUCUCUGCUUGAUGAGAAAACGACGAGCAAAGACACCCUGUUCCGGUGCAGUACCGACCCGACAGCGCAGGCGUCUGAGGGGUCCGACGUGCUAAGCCUUAGCGCCAUGCUUCCAACGGCGGCGGUGGUGGCCGAUUAUUUUGGGCGCGGCUUUGUGGUAUGCAGCACUUCCUCCCUUCUGCGGGAGUACUACACCAAAAUCAUCAAUGCUGAGAAGAAUGAAUUGCUGGAAGUGUUGGCAUUAGAGAGAAAAAAUGCCGCCGGUGGAGGUCUGAGCCCAUCCUCCUCCGUGAUCUUGUCUACGCCUUCCAAGCAUCACAGAGUGUCGUCGCGUGCCACGCCAAACAGUGGCGCGACGUUUGACACUCGGCACUCACCUCAGUUCUCCCACUGGCCCCAACAAACCACCUUUGAGCGACGCUCUGUGGGUUCUACGACCAGUAUCUUUUCGGCUUCAGAGAUGGGGACUGGCGGCUGCAGACGGCUGGAAUUUCUUUUCCCUUUAUUGUACUCGCUUGCUGCGUCACAGUCGCAGCCAAUGGGCGUAGCGGCAACGGGAGUUGAGCGGGGUGCCGUGAAGGAGAGUGCCGAAGGCAAUAGCAUGGAAAAGGCUUGGCAGCGAUCCUCAUACGUGUUGGCUUCUGAUUCACAACACCGCUCGUCAAAAGGAGGGUCAGAGGUACAUAGUGAGCAGGGCUUGGAGGAAAGGGCAUCGACCGCACGAAUGCGGCACAGCUUGGACGGAACGCCGGUGGCGGUGGCUACGACGCGAAGAGGUUCGUUUGCGGUAGGUUUUACCCCUGUAAACGAACAGCCUUUGGGUGAACGACAUAGAUUGAUGUCGCCUAUUACACCACUGACGCAGGCCAUGGCAAUCACUAGCCUUAUUUCCUCAACGCAGUCUGAAGACGGAAAUGUUAGGCGUGUGCGUCCCUCUGCCCCGGUGGGCCGCAAAUACGGAAGCGUCUUUCCUAUGCCGCAUGAAACACAGACAGUAUGUCCCAAUCCUCACUUGGAAUCUGGCGUAGAUGGUGGUUUGGCGGUGGGGACCGCCACGCAGGCGGCUCCCCUGGGACGAAGAUCCCUCGUUAAACCUAUGAUUGACUGCUUCGUCCUUUCCAAUGAGAUGUGUGGGUGGGCGUACGUGGAACGAACGGCUGAGGAAAACACAUUUGUGCUUUAUGCCUUGCAAUGGGAGAUGGGCUACGAUCUGGUACGUCAAAUGAAGGCAGAUCGUAAUGCGUCGACUGGGAACGUGGAUCUCUGCUUUGCGCGAAUGAUGGCCUACAACGCAAGAAUGUGUAGGUCACGUGAGCUAGAGUUGCAAAGGCAGAGUGAAGCCAAAGUCUUGGGUGGGACAUGCCCUAACGCUAAUAGCACGGAUGGUGUGAAGGCAGUCCCCUGGAAGGGCGUGGGGAACAGGGAGCAUCCCGUUGGCUCAGCAGAUCCCAGGGGUCGCCUCUGGGCCGCGGCUGCUCAUGCGUGGCGUAGUCACAACGUGGCUAUCAUUACCUCGCUCGUGUGUAGUCACCUGGAUUAUGCCUCGCUUGUAGGUGACGUGCAGUUUUGUGCCGUGUUAUAUUUACUUUUCCGCCUGUGGUGGAAACAACGAGACAUUUCUGUGGAUAGUUAUCCCUGUCCUUUCUUUUCACCGGCCGAAGAAGCUGUGCAGAACGGUAAGGCGGAUAAACAGACUCCGGCAGCUGCCACGAGUAGCUCCCCGUGGCAGUGGAGGAUGCGGGCGCUGCAGUGGGUCGAGCAGUACGUCACUCGCCUCUACGAAAGGAAGCUCUAUGUGCCGCUCAAUGAGCUACUCGUCAUUGUCCCUGAGGUGAUGGGGGAAUCUAGCCCGGGGUUGCCACGUGCUGAGGACGUCGCACAAAAAUUGUUCACCUGUGUUUAUUGUGGAACGUGUCCCAAGUCGGAGCUGGUGCCACGCCCUGUUAAGAUGGGGGAGAUGUUGUGUUCCUACAUCACGAUGCCUCCAGCGUGUAUUACGGCGAGUGAGAGGGAGCAGGCGCCGUGGAGUUCGGACGAUGACUCAAGUGAAACCUUCGCCGCCUCCUUUGGCUCCUCCUUCUCUUGUGCGUGCGCUCCAGAGCAGGCGACGGAAUGUGGAAGCGGCAUCAAUAGCAUGACUGCCACAAAUGAGAGGGGCAACAGAAAUGGAUCGCCGCAUCCUCUUUGGAUGCGUGGAGCCCCAUUGCGGAACGCAGUUUGUUGCCGUUGUCAAAACAUGGCCUCUAUGGUGUGCGUCAUAUGUGAGGAGAUGGUGGAGGGAAUGUACUUGUGGCUGCUUUCUUGCGGCCAUGGGGGACAUGUGCAUCAUAUACAAGAGUGGCUGCAGGUCUCUAACGAAUGCCCGUGUUGUGGCAUCCCAGUCCUGCACUCCCCUGAACAGCCCCGAUAG